AUGAGGAAGCAUCUGGGUGGAUGCUUGUUGGCCAUUGUCUGUGUCCUGCUCUUCAGCCAGCUGUCCUCCAUCAAGGCGAGAGGCAUAAAGCACAGAAUCAAGUGGAACCGGAAGGCCUUGCCAAGUACCUCCCAGGUCACGGAGGCCCACACUGCAGAGAUUGUCCCAGGGGCCUUCAUCAAGCAAGGCCGAAAGCUGGAUAUCGACUUCGGAGCUGAGGGCAAUAGGUACUAUGAGGCCAACUAUUGGCAGUUCCCUGAUGGGAUCCAUUACAACGGCUGCUCUGAGGCCAGCGUCACCAAGGAGAAGUUUGUCACCAGCUGCAUCAAUGCCACCCAGGAGGUGAACCAGGAGGAAUUGUCCCUUGAGAAACCAGACAACAAGCUUUACCAGCGGGUCCUCUGGCGGCUGAUCAGGGAGCUCUGCUCCAUCAAGCAGUGUGAUUUUUGGUUGGAAAGGGGAGCAGGACUUCGGGUCACUCUGGACCAGCCCAUGAUGCUCUGCCUGCUGGUUUUCAUCUGGUUUAUUGUGAAGUAA